AUGGUUGUUAGAGAAAGAGUCAAAGAGAACAACAACCCUUUCAUGGAGGAGACAAUUACUCUAAAGGUUGUAGUGAAUAUUGCUAUUGAUCGCAACUUUAAAAAAGUUGAAUUUGAAAUAGAUAAUAAAUCCCUUUUUAUUUAUUUAACGGGAUUGAGAAACGGACACCGAACACCCAAAAAAAAAAAAUGCGUGACGCAUCACAAAGAGUUGAGAGCAAGAAGAAAGAAUGCCGAAAUCGCUAACGCCAACAACACGACGCAACAGUCGCAGAAAACCGCAUUUCAGAAUGGCGGAUCCGGAACCUUUCAACAAACCCUACCGUUUUCUCCCUCUCUGAUCCCAAUCCAAAACCUUUCUACCAACGCAAAACAACGUUUCAGGUAUGGUUGA